AUGGUUCCCAAAGCCACAAAGACAGGUUUGGAGUCGCUCCUCGGAGAAGAGGGGGUGGAUUUGACUUUCCCAGAGCUCGGGCGCAAGACAUCGCAGCGAAGAAAGGUGGAGCGCAAGAAGGUGGAGACAGUCGAUGACAUGGAUGUCAAGUCACAAAGGCGGUUGGUUGACAAGUCGCUGUUCCUGCUGGUUCGAUAUGGCGCUGCCAGCAAAUGGACCUUCCCGAAGGCAGAUCGGCUGCAUGGGCAGUCCAUGCGGGAAACUCUGCUAGCGCUGGCAGAGCACCAGCUGGGUCACGACUUCACUCCGUACUUGGUUGGAGCGUGCCCCUUCACGUACCGGAAGCGCAGAAGUGCGCAGUAUCCGGGAAUCCAGGGUCGGAAAAUCUUCUACUACCGAGCUCGCCUGGUGCCGGGUUCAGAGCUCGUGCUGCCCGGAGAAACGCCGGUAAAAGAUUGGGCGUGGUAUUCCCGAAAGGAGCUCGAAGAGCACUUGGAUGAAGGUGAGUGGACUCCACCAGCGAUCACUGGGGACGACUGCCCGGAGUGCAUCUUGGUCAACGUCCCUGGUCGCAGAGUGCAGGAAGCUUUCAAAGUCAAGAGGAAAACUCUGGGGAAAGGCGGUUUCAGUACUGUCAAGCGGUUGAUCAAUAGGAGAACAGGAGCAGUCUGUGUCAUGAAGGAAAUAAAGAAAAGCGCAAUAGCUGACAUCCAGCUCCUUCAAGAGGAGGUGAAGCUGCAGGCUUCCAUGGACCAUCCCCACAUUGCGCGUCUUUUUGAAACGUUUGAGGAUUCGCAACAUAUUGACAUCGUAAUGGAGCUUUGCGAAGGAGGAGAUGUGCUGCACCUGAUCGAAAAAUCAGGUUGUUUGCCAGAGAGUCAGGCAGGAGAUGUGUUUCGACAACUGAUGUGUGCACUGAGCUACAUGCACCAACGAUGCCAUGUGGCCCACCGGGAUAUCAAGCCAGAGAACCUCGUCUUAAAGGAACGCGAGACUGGGGAAAGGGUGACGAUCAAGCUCAUCGAUUUCGGAUUUGCAAGGAAGUUGGAGGAUGGCGGCCGGCUGAAGACCAUUUGCGGCACGCCUUUGUACGUUGCCCCGGAGGUGUUCAGUGGCAGUUAUUCCGAGAAGUGCGACAUUUGGAGCAGCGGCGUUACUCUGCAUUACAUGCUUCUCGGACGGCCCCCUUUCGAUGGAGAAGAUGUCGAUGUGAUUUUGCGGAAGGCGCGGAAAGGUUUACAGCUAUCAGACACGACGACUACUGAACUCGGCAACUCAGUACCACCUGGUGCUAUCCAUCUCAUUAGACGCAUGUGUGAGGUUUCGGAUGGCUUGCGUCCGUCGGCUCACGAGAUUCUGCUGCAAAGUUGGUGGCUUCGGGGAGAGCAGGUCGGCACGGAGUUUCGCAGCGAGGCCACUGAAACAUCAGAUGAAAUUGCAACCAAUCUACGAAAGUACUGUGUCAUGAAUCCGCUUAAGAAAGCUGCUUUGAAUACCAUCGUCCAUGUCAUUGAUGACUCUGAUCUGCAGCGUCCACGUGAAACCUUCGAGAGCUUGGACACGAGAUGUGAGGGAAGCAUUCCUUUGGACACCUUGCGAAAGGCGAUUUCAGAAUCUGCCCUUGGCAAAGAUGCGGACAGGAUCUGCAGUAGCUUGGAUACCAGUGGUUUUCAAGAGAUGGACUACAGCAACUGGCUGUCAGCAAACGUCAAGCCUCAACAGUAUUUGAAGCAGGGGUACAUAUGGGAAGCUUUCCGCAUACUGGACAAGGACAGCAGUGGCAAAAUUUCUGCACCUGAGCUACAACAAGUGUUGGCACGAGCUUCCCCACACCUUGAUGAGACAGAAUGUGAACAUCUCCUUGCUCAGUUCGAUAAGAAUGGGGACGGCGAGAUGGACUUCGAAGAGUUUCAAGACAUGCUGCUUCGUUGCGUUGCUCAGACUGUCUUGCCUCCCUGCCUCGGCUCGAAGCACAAAAGUUGGGCAAAGCACCACUCGAACAGCCGUGCCUUGCGCCGCAGGCGAGCUAUGGCUGCAGAAGCAUCGGCUGAUGACGUACCAGGGUUGCCUGAUUCUGACAAGGUUUACCUCGGAGCCGUGAAAUCAUACAACGAUCGCAGAGGCUUCGGCUUUGUUGCUUGUGCUGAGACGGCAGCAGAGUUCGGGAGAGAU